AUGAAACUCAAUGAUACCUCAAGGUGGCUGCAUCAGCCACAAGAACAGACUCAACCCGACGGUGACGACAGUCGCCCUACCACGGCCAUCUCCAUUUCCACUUCGACCUCGAGCUUUCGCAUUCCUGGCAUUCUACCUAGCGCGCCAACGGCAGCACGCGACUCGCAGCAAACGGCGCGACCACCCUCCCCACCCGUGUCCUUUGCUCGUCUGUUUGCUCCACAAACCGACAAAGAUGAUAUUUCUUGGCACACUAACGAGUACAUUCGAAAUCCACCUGUGCACUGGUUGGCCAAGGAUGGUCCCUCACCUCAAGAGCUUUACGACAGAUCGCAAUUCGUCCUCACUGAUGAAAAUGAUUCUCACGCGCAGAUUUGGCCGAAGGUCGGUAGACAGGGCAGAACACCGACGCCGAAUUGGUCGAGCGCUGGUCCUUCUGCCACCUGGCCGAACAAUGAUCAGCCUCGUCCAUUUACUGCUUCCUCCUACCAUCGCAGCAAGCUGGUCACCGCCGAUGGUUCUGCUGGCAACUACGUUUGUGCAUUGAUCGAGAACCGAGGCACCGGCCGCGAAGUGGGGAUUGCUUCCAUCGAGAGAGAGACUGGUCUUUGCACUCUCACACAGUUGGCGGAUACACCUACCUAUGUGCGAACCAUCCAUCAUCUGUCCAUGCACCCUCCUAGUAUCUUGCUCAUUCCUUCCUCGACCUCUGGUCGCGGUAACAGAACGACUUUCUCUUCCGCAUCCAGAAGCAGCAAGCGAGCGAAAACAAACAUUACCGGAGAAGACGAUGCAGAUCCCGGAAGCCACGCUGAUACCUUGCAGAAGGAUAGGGCUUCCGUUCUAGUACGCACCAUUGAGCAACUCUACGAUAUCGAGGUACGACCCUUCCCUCGUAAGCACUGGAACUAUUUCGAAGGUGCCCGCUACCUCGAUCGGCUACUGGUGGACGACGUCGAUGCAGUCAAGAGAGAGGGUGAUGGUAGCGUAUCGGUGCCAGUGAAUGAAAAUGAUCCUUCCAUCCAGCAAUCGCAGCGUCCCGCCUCGUCCCGUCCACAGACAGGUCGGAUGUCUAUCGACUUAAGUGCCAAAGCCUCUACGCGUGCUGCGAUCUUGGUCGCUGUCGCAGAUAAAUUUUAUGUCCUCUCUGCGUUUUCGGGUCUAAUCGAAUUCUACAUGGACACCUUUAAUCGUGUCUUUACUCCAAAGACGCUGCGCAUCCGAUUUGUAUUCCCUGAAGACACGAUUCUGAUCAACAGUAAUACUGCGCAUGACCUCGAGCUUGUCCGCAACCUGAUCGACUUCAAGUCAAAAGAUUCUCUCUUCGGUUUGCUGAAUCACUGUGUUUCACAAAUGGGCCAGCGACUUUUGAGGACCAACAUACUUCAGCCAUUGACAGACCAUGAUGCUAUUGCAGUGCGCCAGGAGGCUGUAGCGGAAUGCAUCAACAGCGAGGAACGCUUUCACGCUAUAACUGAAAGUCUCAAACCUAUUCGUCUUGGUUCGAUCGACCUCGACAAGCUGAUUCACACUCUAUCAUGCACCCAGAGGGCUGGUGCAGACCCAAGAUUGGAGACAGAAAGGAAGCUCAGCAGCAUUCUUAGUCUCAGAGCGCUUCUGCGCUCGCUUGAACCAGUACGAGCUGCACUUUGCGAUGCUUCUAGUGAGCUGUUGCAAUCCAUCUCAACGUUUCUCGAGUUCGAGGAAGUAGAUGAAAUUGCUGAGGCAAUCCAAGAAACCAUUGACGAAGACGUCGCUUUUGCCAAGGGUGGCCUGGCUUCUCGAAGCGCCAAGAUGUACGCUGUGCGAGCAGAACGGAGCCCUCUGCUUGACGUGGCAAGGCAGACUUUCCAGGAAAACAUGAGCGAUAUCGAAGAGCUUAGGCAACGUCUAGAGAGUGGGAGCGACCUGAAGUUGGCGCUCAAGAUGGUGCCGACUGGCUUUCUACUUCGCACCGAGCUCGAGAGCAGCCAAAUGAGAAACUUACCGGACUACUUCACAAACAUCAGCCGAGCUAAAAGUGGCAAAAGUGUCACAAUGACGACGCUGCCUCUGAAGAAGCUCAAUGCUCGACUGGUCGACUCGAUGAAUGAAGUCUGCAAUAUGUCCGAGUCGAUCAUUGACGAAUUGAUCGAGAAAAUCACGGGUCGAAUUGCGUCGCUGAACAAGGUAUCGGAAGCAUUAGCUCUUUUGGACAUGAUUGUUAGCAUGGCGAUCGUAUCCCGCGCCAAUGAUUAUGUUCGUCCUGUCCUCGGAGACAGACUAGACAUUCGCAACGCACGCCAUCCAAUUCUAGAUCGGGUUGACAUCCUGAGCGCUGGGACCUCGAGCGUAGUCACACGCAGGCGAGGCGUCUUUGUUCCCAAUGACAUCUAUCUGGCGCCUGGUGAGCGCGUCUGCCUCAUUACUGGUCCGAACAUGUCUGGCAAGAGCACGCUUCUCCGGCAAAUUGCACUCAUCACGGUGAUGGCGGGCAUAGGAUGCUUUGUGCCUGCAUCACGCGCCACUUUGCCCAUUCCGGAUGCUCUGCUCAGCCUGCUUACACACGAAGAUGAUCCGACACAGAAUCUUUCGACGUUUGCAGCCGAGAUGCGCACCGCUGCUUUCAUCCUCAGUCUUAGCUCGCCGAAAUCGCUGGUUAUUCUGGACGAAAUGGGGCGUGGUACCAGCCCAGAAGAGGGCUGCGCUAUUGCAACAGCGGUCAUCGAAAACCUCACCGAUGCAAAGGGCAGCACUGUGUUCUAUGCUACGCACUUUGGCGAGCUCGUCGAAGGUCUCGGAUGGAAAGAGGGCAUCGUUUGCCAGCAUCUCAAUGUCAGCAUGGUGCAGAAAAGGGAACAAGUCGAUCUUGUCUUCCACCACAAGGUGCACCUAGGACCGGGUCUCGACACGCAUUACAGCCUCCAGGUGGCCAAAAUGAUGGGCUGCUUUGCUGAUGGCUUUUUACAGCGGGCGAGUCAGGUGGCAGUCACAGAGAGGGCUAUCAACGACGACGUAGAAGGGUCUCUUGAGAGACACACCAGGGAGAGACGGAAAGUGCUAAGCAGCUUGGUGCGCAAUCUGCAACGACUCGACGAUGAAUCCUCCGACGAGAUCGCCUUCGAUGAUCAGGACGGCAGUUCCGCAAGGCGUGAUCCGCAGUCACUGGUGGAGAAAUUAUCGCACCUUCAGCUGGAGGCUUUACAAGAAGUAGAGCGCACCUAUCAACAAUGA